AUCUCACUCAGACGUCUUUCUGAGGGAGUCGAGUGGAAGAGGAAGCGACUCUGAGCUGAAAGGGGAGGAGUGACGACAGACCACACAGUGCAGAUCACGUCUUCAGUGUCUCUGCUGACUUUCUCUCUGCUGAGAUCAGAGCAGUUCAUAAGUGUAGGAGAGUCAGAGUGAGGAGCUUCUGGACCUUCUGGACCUUCAGGUAUCCGCUGGGUCUGAAGAGCGAUGCUGCCAUGUUUUCCCAGAGCUCAGUAAAUAUUCCAGCAGCGCUGAUCCUCAUUUUACUGUCAGUUCUGCAGGUGAAGGUGGAUUGUAAACCUGCAGGACAGACAGUGGUGAAACAGACCUGUAGCACCCCCUGCUGGCCUGAAGGGAACUGUUACUACAGCUGGUACAGAUAUCCAGGAUCCUGGAAUAGAGAAAUAAUAGGAUGUUCAUAUGGAGCCACAGUUUGGUUCAUCUCCACCAGCUCAUCUGACCAGGACAGAUACUACUGUGAGGUCCAGAACGGCGCCGCCCCUCAGCAGAAGUGUAAACUGGACUGGGCUGUGAUCUACACUCCUGGACGUGUCUGUGGUCUGAAAGGAUCAUCAGUUGAUCUGUCCUGCUCUUAUAAACACCCUGAAGGACUCACAGUGAAGAGAUCACUCUGGUACAUUGAAAGUCAGUGGAAGUUUGGUGCUGAGCCUGAGGAUGUACGACGGUCUGAUCAGUAUGAGGGGAGAGUGCAGUACAGCCGGACCCUGAACUCCAGUAGAAUGACCAUCACUGACCUGAGAGAGAGCGACGCUCACACAUACAGCUUCAGAUUCUACACUGAAGAUCCUGACGGCAGAUACUCUGGCAGACCUGGAGUCACUCUGUCCGUCACAGAUCUGAAGGUUACAGUGUCAGAUACAGAUGGAGGAGUAAAGAAGCUGACCUGCAGCUCCACCUGCACUCUGCCCAACAACCCCACCUACAUCUGGUACAGGAACGGACAGCCUGUAUCUGACCAGAACAGAAAUGAACUGGAGCUGAGAGACAGAACUGUGGAUGCUGGCAGCUACUCCUGCGCUGUGAAAGGAUACGAGGAGCUCGGCUCUCCUGCCGUCUACUCUCCCAGACCUCCAUCUGUAUCUGAGACUGAGGUUAACGGCUCCGUCACGCUGGUCUGUGUCAGCGACUCCACCCCUGCCAGCUCUUACACCUGGUUCAGGAAGACAGGAGGGAACAUCACACAGUUUGGAGAAGGAGCCAGUUUAACUUUAGCUGCAGGAGCAGAUGGAGUUUUCUACUGUACGGCAGAGAAUCCAUACGGAUCAUCCACCUCAUCAGAAUGGACACUUACAUCAGCUGGGCUGUGGAAGCAGUUUGCUGUGUGGGGAACCGUUGGAGUCGGUUCUGCUCUGGUUCUGUCUCUUAUUACUGCUGCUGUCUGUCUUCAGAGGAAGAGAGGAGCAGAGGGAGGAGCAGAUGUUCAGGCUCCGAAGUGUGGAGACGACACGUACUCGGCUCUGAACCCCAACGCCAGGUCCUCCGACUACGACACUCUGACUCAGGUUAGAGACUCUGCCAGCGACACGUACUCAGCUCUGAACUCCACCACCAGGUCCUCCGACUACGACACUCUCACAGAGCAAAGGCCACCACCCGCAGAGAUGAAGAAAGCGGCAGUUGGUUCUCUUGGUCUAGAACAGCAGGAGAGAACAUAUUUCAGCGUGCAGGAGCCUGUACUGUACGGGUUGGAGCCUGUGGAGUUUAGGAGGAAGUUCAGCUGCUAAUGGAUCAAAUCAUCAACUCCGUAGUUUAGUUUCUGCUGUGAAACAGGUGUGAAUUUAAAAAGAUCUGCCAGUUGUGAGUCGUUACAUUGUUUAAUGCAGCACCUUCAGAAAUCCCUUUGAAGUAGCCUUAUAAUGUCAGAUUAGCCUGGUACUAAUUUCUGCUGGCUUCACUGUGGAGAUUUGUGGAAUUACAUCUGAUGCCAAGUCUAAAUCACUGAUAUGUGAAGCUUGAAACAGGCCGAAAAUACCACGGAUACUUUUUCACUGUUUUCUUAUUGAGCUUUGUUCUCAAAUAUACAUGUUGCUGAGCUGCUGCCUCUAAUUUUCAAAUGCAUCCGAUCCUGCCUCCAGUCGGCAUCGGAGCCGAUGUUUUAAAGAACUCCUGCCUCCAGUCGGCAUCGGAGCCGACGUUUUAAAGAACUCCUGUCUCCAGUCGGCAUCGGAGCCGACGUUUUAAAGAACUCCCGUCUCCAGUCGGCAUCGGAGCCGACGUUUUAAAGAACUCCCGUCUCCAGUCGGCAUCGGAGCCGACGUUUUAAAGAACUCCCGCCUCCAGUCGGCAUCGGAGCCGACGUUUUCAAGAACUCCCGCCUCCAGUCGGCAUCGGAGCCGACGUUUUCAAGAACUCCUGCCUCCAGUCGGCAUCGGAGCCGACGUUUUCAAGAACUCCUGCCUCCAGUCGGCAUCGGAGCCGACGUUUUCAAGAACUCCUGCCUCCAGUCGGCAUCGGAGCCGACGUUUUCAAGAACUCCUGCCUCCAGUCGGCAUCGGAGCCGACGUUUUCAAGAACUCCUGCCUCCAGUCGGCAUCGGAGCCGACGUUUUAAAGAACUCCCGUCUCCAGUCGGCAUCGGAGCCGACGUUUUAAAGAACUCCCGCCUCCAGUCGGCAUCGGAGCCGACGUUUUCAAGAACUCCCGCCUCCAGUCGGCAUCGGAGCCGACGUUUUCAAGAACUCCUGCCUCCAGUCGGCAUCGGAGCCGACGUUUUCAAGAACUCCUGCCUCCAGUCGGCAUCGGA